AUACCUCUGCUAAUUUCUAGACUUUUAGAGGAACUAAUAUUUGCGCUAAUAAGUCUAAUACUUUUUAUAGUAACUAUAAUAAGCUUAAAGUAUAGCUACUCUAAGUUAACUAAUACUUCUACCUUAAAGGAGAUAAGAUUAAAAAUAAAGAUAAAGUUGUUUAGGCCUCUAUCUUCUUCUAAAGAUACGUAG